GUCAUGACAACGAAGAAGAUGAUGAUCAUCAUGGUGAAUUGUUGAUUACCACCUUUAGAUCACAUUGCUCCGAUCUGAUUUGAUCUAUUCCUCAGAAAUCAUUUGUUCAAAAGCUUAAAAAGUUUCCUCUUUUACGAUCUGUUUCAUAUAGAUUCAAAGAAACUCUAUUACUCUGUUUCGUAGAUUCAAAGAAAAAGCUCUGUUUUCUCUGUUGUUCUGUUUCAUAGAUUCGAAGAUAAAAAGCUUUGAUUUUUCUGUUCUUGUUAAUGACAGCUAUUAUAAUUCUUACAAAUCUCAUCGAGUUUAGCGAACCCUUUUUGUCUGAAAUCUCGAAACUUUUCUCUGUUUUUCGAUUUGAUUUGAUUUGAUUUGAUAAUGGGUUGUGCGAGCUCGAAGCAUCGUUGCCGUAAUUGCAGAAGAGAAUUAUCUCCGGUGAUUGUACCUCGAAGCUAUUCAAUGCACGUUCAUCAUCCAGCACAACACAUCGGCGAUAGCUAUCACACGGUGGCUCUCACUUCUUCCACCAUUGGAUCUCUUACUCUUUGCGAUUCGUCUUUCAGGCAAUUUCACAAACACUUGGAAGACUCUAGUUAUAAGAAACGUGUUUCCGAAGAAACUGGUGAGGAGAAAAAGAUGAGUUCGGAUUUGCAAGAUAAGGUUAUUGAAGCUAAGGCUUGGUCAAGUAUGAUGAACGAGAGAAUCCCAAAGAUUGUGCCGAGAACUCCUAUUGCGACGCCUCAGGGAGAGCCAGAGACGAUCAAUACAUGGGAAUUGAUGGAAGGUCUUGAAGAUGUUAGUCCUUUACGAUCACCAAAUCACUUGAGAAGCUUCUCCUUUGAUGUUGUUCGUAUCCAACCUAGUCAUGAUGAUGAUGAUGAUGAUGUUGCGUUUGAUCGUCCCAAAUCAAGGUUUCACAAUAGCAGAGUUGAUGAUUUGGAGAUAGUUUCAACUUUCAGGAAAUCGCUUCAAGAACUACCAACUGAGCAACCUUUUCAUAUCCGGAUACCCGAGAUGAAGACAAAUCCGCAAUUCGGGUCAUCAGACGAAGAAGAAGAAGAAGAAGGAAACUGCAAAAGAAAGACUUUAGGUAAAGAAAAGGUUAUAUUUUACUUCACAAGCCUUAGAGCUAUAAGGAAGACAUAUGAGGACUGCUGUGAUGUAGGGAUCAUACUAAAAAGCUUAGGAAUUAGGAUCGAUGAGCGCGAUGUAUCUAUGCAUUCGGGUUUUAAAGAUGAGCUGAAGAAGAGAUUGGAUGAUAAAUUAGACAAUGAAGUUGGAAUAACCUUGCCUAGAGUUUUCUUGGGGGACAAGUAUCUUGGCGGAGUAGAGGAGAUUAAGAAGUUGAAUGAAAAUGGAACACUUGAAAAGCUUAUAAAAGGCUGCGAAAGAGUCGAAGAUAGCUUAACAGGGUUUGGUAUUGAAUGUGAGGCUUGUGGAGAUGUUCGGUUUGUGCCGUGUGAGACAUGUUCAGGCAGCUGCAAAGUUUACUAUGAAGGUGGAGAAGAAGAAGAAGAAGAAGUAACAGAGUAUGGAUUUCAAAGAUGUCCAUAUUGUAAUGAGAAUGGAUUGAUAAGAUGUCCUGUGUGUUGUGACUUGUGACUGUGAAUGAGCCAAUAUACAAAACUCAAUUUCACUUUUUU